UAUUUGAAUCCUUAGUGAAUCUUUCGUAAAAAUAUCGUAAACAGAUAACAUCUCUAUCUUUGGCACAGUACAUGCCUCCCCACGUUUCACCGAAGUAUCCAACAAUAUCCUCAUCGAAGGCGAAUGGAACGAAUCAGAAAGAGCGUGGUGAGAAAAACAACACCGUUUGGUCACCGACUCAGCGUCAUGGGAAGUCCCGCCCCUUUUCCAAUGACGCCAACGGCGCCGUGUUGUGAGUCUGCUGGUAGCAAAACCUCACAUUACUGCACAUUACAGUUCGUUACUUAAAUCAAGCGAUCGUGAUCUUAAGAAGGGCUGUACAUUGCGGAAUAUCAUGUCAGACACGGAGACCAAGCCCUCAAGUGAUGGAGGCGAGAAGAAAGAUGGAGAAUAUAUUAAACUGAAAGUGAUCGACAACAGUGAAAUUCACUUCAAAGUGAAGAUGACUACACAUUUAAAGAAGCUGAAGGAAUCCUACAGUCAGAGACAGGGUGUACCCAUGAACUCUCUAAGGUUUCUUUUUUGAGGACAGAGAAUUGCAGACAACCAAACCCCCAAAGAGCUGGGAAUGGAAGAUGAGGAUGUGAUCGAGGUGUAUCAGGAACAGACCGGUGGCUGUCGGAAUGACUAGACUCUAUAUUUUUAUCUUAAUUUUGUAUGUAUGACAUGUAUUUCAUCUGUUUCCUUUUGCUGACACCUCAAAGGGAAGCAGAAAAACCAUCUGGAUCAAAUAGAUAAUCUGUCAGGGCUGCUGUGUUUGAAGGAGUUGGGUGGAACUACAAUAGAAAAGGUUUUUCUAGCCAUGUCUCACGUUCACUCUUUGCUAACUCAUCCCUGCCUUCAUACGCUGUUUUUUGUUAAGGAUUCUGGUCACGUUCUGCAAUGACACAUGUAACAUGUUGUGCCCUGAGCUGAUUGAGAACGGUCUGUUUAUCUGUACAGUACUGCUAAAAACCUUUAGAUUAUGCUGUUAUAUUCGAUCAACAAAUCAAGACGAAUUUUGGAUACCACCUUUGGUUCUUGCAUUGUUUUUGCAUUUAUAAGUAAUGAAGGCAUUGUUCAGUUAGUUGGCCAUCAUUACGUGUUCUGUAAGUCCUUAGCUUUCCUUAGACACUUUUUACACAUUUAAUUGUUUUUGGCUCAUUUUAUGCUAGUGAACACACCUGCCAUACUGUAAUAGAAACCCUUUGAGUAUUUUACAUUCUGGGAUGCUUAUUUAUAUGCAGUUGUUGUCUGGUAUUACAGAAGUUUAAAAUGUUUCUUCGUUCUUCUUGCAUGUGUGCAACAACUGUGUACAGUUGUAUGUUAUAUAGGCACACUAUGAAUCGCAAGAGGGAGGUCAUUGUAUUGUGUUUUGCAUGGUUUUGUCUAAUGUAUUAGAAUUUGUACCCCUGUCUGAAUAUGUGUUGUCACCUUCUCUUCUACCUGGUCUUGGAUAUUUGGCUCCCUUUUAGCCACAAUAAUUGAUUUCAAAACCUGAAAAUAAUGGGUAACUAUGUUGUUUGAUUAGUACUCAGGGGCGUCAUUCACAUACACAGAAUAAAUACAGCAACAGUGUCACUGUACUCAUGUUCCUUUUCUUACACUUUUAUAUUUUUUAAUUUUCUGCGAGAAGGGAGGGGAAAUUUGGUCCAGAUGGUUUUGUGGAUAUAGAAGAGUUAUGACUUUGCUUUUGUCUUGUUUUUUAAAUAAAAUGUGUCAUAAAACA